CAGUCAGCUGCAGCAACGACAACGAAGGGGACGAGGACGAGGACGAGGACGACGUCGGCGUGGGAAGAAGCAAGAGCGGCACCAGAUGGAUCACGGAGUGGUGCAGAGAUGGCUUCGGAGCAUAUUGGAUCCAUAUCCAGAGGCGGAUCGGGUCUAUGCUGAUGUGGACCGAACCUUGAUGGCCGUCUCAUCCUUGUCUCCCAAGACAGAGGUAUAUACCUACGACGAUGGUCGGACGCAAUUGCUGCUGGUCCUGGAAGGAACCAUCCCUGUGGGCUAUCGCGGAGCCACGUACAACAUUCCGGUUGCGUACUGGAUCCCGAGGAUGUACCCGAGAGAAGCUCCGAUUGCGUAUGUCACACCCACGGCUGACAUGCUCGUGCGGAAGGGCAAGCACGUCGACGUCAGCGGCAAGGUUGGCGGGCCAUAUCUGGAGCGCUGGGAGAAGAAAUGGGAGGCUUCGAACUUGCUUGAUUUCGUCCACGAUUGCCAGAGUAUAUUCGGCCAAGAGCCACCAGUGUACGCGAAGCCAAGAGGGGCUCCUUCAGCACAAGGCACACCUUCGCCAGGGCCAGGACUGAGUCCGCAGCCAUCCGGUGAUCCACGGGAAAGACGGCCACCGCAAUUGCCCCCUCAAAGCCCACAAACAACUUCGUCAAGAGCAGAAACAGGGCCUCCUCUAAAACCCCCCAAACCAGGUGGAAGCUAUGCCGAUCCCCAAAGGCGGACGUCGCUCCCUCCGCAGGCCAACCAUCAGAGCCCCGGUACCCAACAUCAUGAUCCGCGGUACGCCGCAGGUGCCUCGCAUCUAGGUCACCUUGCUCCCUCAGCCUCUCCGACUCAGCAUUUCCGGCAUCAGUCCAUGGAUCCAAGGUAUUAUCAGUAUGCACAACCAACACCCCCAAAUACAAGCGUGUACGAGCAAGGGCUCCCUGUAGAAGCCCCUCGACAUCCAAGUACAGGACCCCGUCAGCCUGCUCGAAGCGUGUCUCUGUCGGCAGCCGAGGCGGGCUCCUCACAAGCACUGCCAGCUGGCCCCUCGCAUUUGUCGCCGAACGGACCCCGCCCUCCCCCUGUUCCACCUGUCCCUCAGGAUUUCGUCGAGACUCGAUCAGGGUCUUACGAAGAGGUGCACCAGCAGAUGCAAAAUCUGAAUCUCGCUUCUCCGCUGGGAGCACCUGCGCCUCCCCGACCGCCGAAUCCGGAACUCCUGUCGCUGCAUGCGCGACUGCACGCAAAGCUUACGAUGCGAUUGCAGCACCUACGAAACACGCUGGGCGAAUCCCAAAACCAGCUCCAGUUGCUCAAUUCGGACCUCGAUCGAGGAGAACCAGCGAUCCGCGACGAAAUGUCAAGGCUCGAGGCAGUCCGUGACGUCUGUCGGGCGACGGGAGACGGCCUCGAGAGGUCGGUCAAUGAGGCAAGAGAGUGGGCGCAGAAGCUCAGGGAACGGGAGGAUCCCAAUCCAGAUGAGAUGGUGUUUAGCACGAGCAUUGUUGGAAAUCAGCUCAUCGACUUGGUUGCGGAAGACAACGCAAUCGAGGACACCCUCUACCAUCUUGGACGGGCCCUGAAUGCAGAAGUGAUCGACCUCGACAGGUUCCUCAAGCAGACAAGAUUCUUGGCCAGGGAGCAAUUCAUGCGACGCGCUCUCGCUCAGAAGAUAUAUACACGGAGCAUCUCACAUGCGUGCUUGGAAAGGGAGUGAAAGUGCCCCUGCGUGUGUGUGUGAAAAGGGAAAAGAUUAUCAAUGGC